AUGAACAACAAAAACAACAAUAACACCACUCAAGCAUGUGCUGCAUGUAAAUACCAACGUAGAAAAUGUGCACCUGAUUGCAUUCUAGCACCUUACUUUCCUCAUGAUAGACAAAGACAAUUCCUUAAUGCACACAAAUUAUUUGGAGUUAGCAACAUUAAUAAAAUCAUUAAAUUUCUUGACCCUCCUCUUAAAGAUCAAGCCAUGAGGACGAUCAUUUUUCAAUCUGAUAUGCGGGCUAAUGAUCCUGUUGGUGGUUGUUAUAAAUAUAUUCAAGAUCUUCAAGCUCAAAUUGAAUAUUAUAAAUUAGAACUUGAUCUUGUUCAUCAACAACUCGCGAUAUUUCGAUCACAAUCUCAACAACAACAACAACAAAUACAGGUUAAUUAUGGUGAUCAAGGUAUUAUGAAUUCAGACCCAUUGUUAGGUUUUUAUAAUCCAUCAGGAUCUAUUGUUCCGGGUACUGUGCCGGCUCAUUAUCAUUACAAUGUUCAAGAACAAGUUGUGCCACAAUUACAAGAACAUGGACAGGAACAGGAACAAGAACAAUACAUUAUAACUGAAGAAAGAAAUAGUAGUAGUGUUAAUACAACUCCUUUGCAACAACAUAAUAAUAAUUGGGGGGCUAUUUCUCUAUCAUCAUUGUCAUUGCAUGGCCAAAGUAGUAAUGCUAGUGAUGAGUAUGAUCAUAAGCCAAUUCUUGAUAUACCUUGUGAUGAAAGAAAUGAAUUAGGGUUCGACUCCGGAGAAAUACUUCACCACAGUGAUGAAGCGGUUUUGUUUAAGAUAGACGAUGGAUUGAUUAAAUCAGAUGGUGACUACAUUCAACAAACACAAGUUCAAGCUCAAGAUCAAGAUCAUGAUCUGAAAGGUGCAGCAACAUUGUUUACUUUGACAAAUUGUACCAGUUGA